AACAAGACCAAAGUAUUACUCAAACUCACAGCAUAAACAAUAUAUCACCCUCUUCCUAGAAUCAUCACUAAAUACGAUAAUGAAUACUUUCAAAACCCCAUUUCUCAUCAUCGUUGCGAUUAGCUUUCUGGUUCUUGCAACCAACGCUCAAAACGCUCAACAAGACUACCUUAACACUCACAACACCGCCCGUGCGCAGGUUGGAGUAGCGAAUGUUGUGUGGGACACAGUCGUAGCGGCCUACGCAACAAACUAUGCGAAUGCUAGAAAAGUCGACUGCAGCCUCACGCCCUCAACUGGAGGAUCUUAUGGAGAAAACCUAGCCAAUGGAAAUAAUGCCUUGUUCACAGGUGUAGCCGCCGUGAAUCUUUGGGUUAACGAGAAACCUUACUACAACUACACUGCCAAUGCAUGCAUAGGUGCACAACAAUGCAAACAUUACACGCAAGUGGUGUGGAGUAACUCGGUGAAGAUAGGGUGUGCUAGGGUUCUAUGCAACAAUGGCGGGUAUUUCGUGGGUUGUAACUAUGAUGCAUCUGGUAAUCAGGCCGGACAGUACCCUUACUAAUCAUGAUCAUCACCUAUAUUAUAACCUAAACUAUUAAUUAAUCAUCAAUAAAUCUUAAUUAGAUUAAGAAAAUAAAAUAUCUCGUUUGAUCUCAACAUGUAAUAUUCUAUCGUUUUCAAGUAAAGAGGAGUUGUAAGGUUUACCUUCUUUUAAUCAAAUGUUGUUCUUUUGCUUCUGGUUUAUAUAGUGAGAAAGUUUGUUCUACUGCUACA